AUGUCCUUGUCAGCAGCUGAGUCGGAACAGCCGACACUUCUGAGUAUGCAACAGCAGAAGCAACAGCAGCAGCCGCAACAGCCGCGGCAGCCAGAGAACCAACAGCAGCAAGACCGCCGGCAGCAAUACGAGCAGGAUAAUCCGCUCAGUCAGCAGCAACAUGCGCAACAGCAACAGCAACAUAAAAACGAGGGCAGCCCCAUGUGGGUAGGGCAUUCUCAGGAGCUGCGGUUUGAUCAGCGCCACGGGACGCCGCCGCCCCAGCAGCAGCAAGAGUCACAACAUCAACAACAGCAAAAACAGCAACAACAACAACAGCAACAACAGCAACACGAGCAGCAAAAAUCGGAGCAGCAAACACAGCAACAGCAACAGCAGCAACAACAACCACAGCUGCAGCAGCAACAACAACAACCAGGGACAGAGCGCCAGCCGCCGAAGGUGAUGCAGCGGCAGGUACUCAGGGACCAAGAGCCCGACGAUGACCAGCAGAAACAACAGCAGCAACAGCAGCAGCAGCAUGUGGUGCUGCAGCGACAGAAGCAGCGCUCGGUCGAACGAUUUUGUGUGAGAGAGACAAGAGCUGCUGCUGCUGCUGCUGCUGGAGAGACACCCGAAGGUAUCCCCCGAGCUGUGAAGAAGGGACUUAGCCUGCCUAGUAACAUCACUACAACAACAUCAGUCCUCCAGCAGCAACAACAGCAACAGCAACAGCAACAGCAACAGCCACAGCAACAGCAACAGCCACAGCAACAGCAGCAUAAGCAGCACCACAGACAGCGCCGCAGACUCUUGCGAAAAGUGCAGCCACCCAAUUUGUCACCUGCGAAGAGACAGCCAGGCGAUAGCUCAGGAAAGAUCAAAGGAAAGCUGCUAGGAGCAGCAGGAGCAGCAGCAGGCAACUGCCACAAGCAGCAGAGACCGCAACAGGCAGCAACAACGUCCCGCAGCUCAGCCCUACAGUGGCCAGCACUCGAUUCUCCAGCGUCGGACUGUCUUGCUGCAGCUGUUGGUUCGACGCAGCAUAUGAAGCAGCAGCAACAGCAGCAACAGCUCAUCCUAAGGCAGCUGCCAGCAAGACUGGCUUUGCUUCAGCAACAGCGGCAGCAGAAACAGCAGCAGAAGCAGCAGCCGCUGCAGCAGGCAGCUCAGCAGCAGCAAAUCCACGACUUGCUGCAACUGCAGACCCAACGCCCUCAGCAGCUUCAGCACCAGCUACAACAGCACCAGCAGCAACAGCAGCAGCAGUUGACUCCUACCUUCUCUGUAGGCUCUCUGCGAAAGAAACCCCCCAGCAGGUGGAAGAGGCCCUCCCCAUUCGGCCUUCGUGUGGAUUUCCCAGUGAACCCAUUGCUGCAGCCGCUGCUGCUAGACACUAACCCGUUCCUUGACUCGCGCCCCACAUACAAAGGCAGCACAAAGCUAUACGAGGUGCACAUACAGCGCAAGGGGGAAGAGCUGCUGGAAGAAGGGCAGCUGCAGCAGCUGCAGCUCGUCCAGCAGCAGCAGCCGCAGCUGCUGCUCCACCAUGAGCAGCCGCAGGAGCCACAGCUUCUACUACCGCACGAGAAGCAGCAGCAACAACAACUUCUGAUGCAGCAGGAACAGAAGCAGCGAGUUACCCAGUAUGGCCUCCUUGCAAAAGUCUGCAGCAGUGGCACCACCAGCGAGGCAGCUGAGGAGCAGCUCACGGGGCAGCUGCUGCUGCACCACCGUUGCAGCAACGGCAGCAGCGGGAAUGCUGGAGACAUUCAGCCUAACGGCUGCUGCUGCUUGGUUGACAAUGGCAGCUGCUGCAGCAACAGCAGCAGCCUGUAUCAGCGCUGCAGCGGGAACAGAAGCUUCCUCGCCAGCACCCCAACUCUUGAAGAACUCGUGGAGGCCCAGCUGAGGCAGCCAACAACGCAUUAUCUGCCAUGCCAAGCACUGCAGCACCAGGAGCACCAGCUGCAGCAGGAGAUGCUGCAGCGACAGGAUCUAUCCAUACCACUGCCGUGCUGCUGUGCUGGGACAGAUGAGCAGUCUACAUUGCAGCAAAAGCAGCAGCAGCAACAACUGUUGCUGCUGCAGCAGCAAAGCCCCACAACAGAACGCAUGCACCUUCUAUCACCGUUGAGUUCUCGGUUUCAGCAGCAGCAAGGAGACGCUACAACAGCUGCGGCUGCUGCCGCUGCUGCUGCUGCUGGGGCGGUGCUCUCUCCUACUAGCAACGACGACACGGUGGGGGGUGGGAGUCCGUUCCACAUAGCCUGCAGCAGCAAGCCGUCGGUGAUGCGCUACGGAAGCAGCAGCAGCAACAACACAGAAUUGCUUCCCCGUGAAGGCACUGAGCUAGCAGAUCUGCUGCAGCAGCUGCCAUACCCAAAGGAGCAGCAAAUCUGUGGCUCAAGCAACAGCUGCUGUUGUAGAAGGAGAGAUUGCUGCAAUUGUAACAACAUCAGCAACAGCUGCCCGCAGCCAAAUAGUGCUGCGUUUGCUGCUGUUCCUCCCUGCAGAGAUCACAAGCAGCUGCUGCUGCACCGCGAGCAGCUGCUACAACCCACCCGCCCUGUAAGUAUUCACACGCAGCAACAACAGCAACAGCAGCAUCAGCAACACCAUGCCGAUCAGGCUUCUUUACUGCAUAGGAGUGCAGUUCGACUGGAUCCACCCACUGGAAUGCAGCAGCAGCAGCAGCGACAGCAGCAGCUAGAUCCAUCGCACCAGCACAUAACCUUGCUGCAGGAGCAACACAUGCUAUCAUUGUUGUCAAAGGAGCAACAGCAGCAAGCGAGCUCGACAUCAACUAACUGUGGGAAUCUUUCCGCAGCAGCAACAGUAGCAAAUGCUGCUGCUGCUGCUGCCGUUGCCGGCAACAGCAGGCUACAAAGUUGCUGGCCAGCACAAGACAACGCCACAGUGAGGGGAGUUGGCAGCUGGGAAUUGCGAGGCUCCCAAACAUGCUGCAACAGCAGCAGGGUUGGCAUCUGCAGCAACAGCAGCACCAGCAGCAACAACACCAAUAACAACACGAGCGGCUUCAGCUUAUCCACCUCGCCGUUAGACAGGAACAUUUCCCGGUCAGCUCCUGCGGCUCUUGGGUACUACAGCACUUCCUCUUGGGAAAGCCCCGAAACAGCAGAUUUUCAGUUCCUUAGCAGCAGUAGCAGCAGCAAUAGCAGCAGCAGCAGUAGCAGCAGCAUAUGUUGUAGGUCUCAACAGUGGUCCGUCAACCAUGGCGCCGUCGUUGGCAAUACAAUGCUCGCAGCUGCUCCUGACACAGCACCUGCUGCAGCGGGAAUAACAGCAACUGAUGCUCCUACUGAAAAAGGUGUCAGUGCUGCUGCUGCUGCUGGUGUAGCCCCGGCAUCGAGUGUCCCAAGUUUCUGGAAGUGGCCAGGUGCGCUUUUGUUGGGGUCACUGCUGCCUGCUGAAGAAGACAAAGGAGCGGCGAAGACGGACUCCGGAAAGUCAGCCGAUCCAGCAGCGGCAACAGCAGAAGCACCAGCAGCCACUACCGCUGUUGCAACAGCAACGGCAACGGCAAAGGAGCCUCGCCGACGUGAAGCUACUGCAGAGCUGAAGGGGGAACUAGAAGCAGGAUGUUUGAGCAGCAGCAACGACUCAGUGCAGCAGUAUGGCGGGUGGCAAAGCCCCAUGGGAAUCCACCUGCAGCUGCAGCAACAGCAACAGCACCAGCAGGGCCAGCAGCAGGAGCAACAAGGAACAUUUCAAGUGCAGCAGCAAAUAGACCAAGCUCAUAAUCCUCUAGGUGCCGCCUCUGCGCAUCCUAACCCGCUGCACAAACCUGAAAAACAGCAUGAGCAACAGCAGCAAGAAACUCCUCAAGAAGACCCCCAGCAACGGCUUUGUUCUGGGGACUGCGACGAAGUUAAACUGCUGCAGCAGCGGCAGCAUCACGGACUACAGGAGCAGAGCCAGCUAAUGCGGCAGCAUGUAGGGCAGCCACAACAGGUGAUGGAGCAGCAGCAGCAACAGCAACUGGAGCCGCACCACAAGCAGCAAGUUGAGUCUUUCGCCUGCGAAAAAGAUCCCAGCAGGUGCACCAAUCCUUGGCAACAGCAGCCGAACCAACUGCUGCAACAGAAGCUGCAACAACAACAGCAGGAACGGCCGAUUAUAGCAACGGAGGGCCCCUUCCAGGUCAUUCUGCAUGCAGCUGGAGACGCUGAAGGUGCCUGUGGCGCUGAGGGAAGGCAGGGCUGUCAGGAGUCUGUGGCUGCUCGGACCGAAGCAGCGAGGAGUAACGGGCGUCCAACAUAUUCUCUUGUGCAGAUGCUGCUGUCGAGGAGCCAUGCAGCAGCUGUAGCUGCAGCAGCACGGCGGAGGGGUGCUGCUGCUGCUGCUGGGAGUCUGCGGUUCACAGUCGAGACGCCAAGAGCAGCAACAGCCCCCGGCAACCACGCAGCGUCAGCUCCUGUUGCGUGCUGCAGUGAGGCUCUGCAGCAGCAGAAGUUCCGCUGGCAGCAAGUAAGCGGUGUGCAGCACCAGCAGCAGCAGAGGAGGCGCAGCGACGUGGGGUCUUUGCGGCGACUCUCUUCCCUGUCCGGUCGCAGGAACCAAAAGGAGCUUCCGCAUGCUAAGGGGUCUUUGCGGGGCAGUUCGGCGAAGCUUAGCGCCAAUGCCGCCCCCAAGAAAGCUCCUCACGCUGCUGCUGCUUCAGCACCCACGGCUAAAGGGACACCCGCUGGCCACAAAGCGUCCUCAUGGCAGCAGCGCCAGCUAGGGCAGCAACAGCAACAGCAGCAACAGCAGCAGCAGCAGCAGUUCCAACGACUACUGCUUCUCCUUCCUCCACAGGACGCUUCACAAAAAACAGCACUGGAGGGAGACGUCGUGGCGGCUCCUCCUGCAGCAGAAAAAUGCAGUAUUCAGGGCUGUGCUGCUGCAGUUGGGGAAGGGAGGGAGAGCUUACGGGGGCAGCAGAAGGGAAGUACGAAGUGCUCGCCUUGCGCUGCGGUGCCCCUGGAUGUCGCUUCAUGCAGUAACGAACUACUGAGCUUUACAAUUGACCAGCAUAGCCCCACAAGGCGCAGUCUUUGUGAAAAUGCACAAAGCAGUGCAGAGCCUGUCGGGCAAUACCAUCAGCAGCAGGAACAGCAGCAGCAACAGGAACAGCAGAAGCAAGCAGAGGUUGCAUGUGUUGGCCCCUGUUUUCUGGGUUUGUCGGAUUCUGCUGUUCUUUCGUGGAGAGCAGCUGCUUUCCAAGAAGACAGCAAAACAAGUUCCAAGGACAGCGAAGGCCUCUCACUAUCCCCCCGGGGACUCCCGACCCCUCCUGCGGAUAUUCCUGUCCCCAGAGCCCCUGGCGUGUGUUCUGCAGCUGCAACAGCAGCAGCAGCUGCUGCUUCUGGAAGCUACAGCCAGUUUGCAGCAGAAGAGGCUGUUCACUGUGCUGCACCUGCCUCCGACUCCCUCGUGUCUCCUCGCGAGAUUGCAGAACCAUCGCCGUCGAGUCGAAUUCCUGAGGUCGCUGGGGGGCCCCGUGGCUGCCAUGCAUGCAUAGACUCAAUUGCGCCUCCUUUUCCUGAAGAGUCACACAACAGCAAAAAGCCAGGAGAACUCGCGAGGGAAUAUGCGGAUUUCUUGUGCUCCACAAGCAUCAUCGAGGCCUCUCUGCUAUCUCCGCAGCCGCCGCUGUCUCCUUCACCCGUUCAACCAUCCCCCAGGGCCCCCCUCAGCCACCAAUUGCUUCGAGCUGAAGGCGUGUACCUUGCUGGCCCGUAG